GGUAAGUUUAAAUCAUAUGUGACAAGGAUAUAAGCAAGAUGAGUGUCUAUCCAACAUAUCAACAUGUGUUUUCCUCCUGGGAGGUCUACCCACGGAUACAUUAUUUCCAGAAACGAUUUAAUGAUCUGCUUGUAAGAUUCAACCGAAUAAUAGGAGCUCUGCCGGAAAGUUUCAGAGAAAACAGUGUAGAAAAAGUGCUGGAAAAAAUCAGGUCUGAUUUUGAUAGUGGUCUACAAAUUACAGUGAUAGGAAAAGAAGAUAUUGACAACGCAACCUUGGUGGUAUCUGAUGACAGAAAAGCACAAACACAUGAUGCUAAAGAAUCACAGAAACAUGAAGAUGCACAGUUAAGCGUUGUUGUUUGCCACAUCGAUCUCGAAAGUCUCGACGAGCAGGCACUUAGGAAUACCACUGCGGUUAUUGAAUUUGCCCAAAAGGUUUCCCAUCCAUGUUCUAUUUUAUUACUCAAGUGUAACACUAAAAGCAUUUUCUCAGAGGAAGCGUUUUACGAGUUCAAAAAUGCUAUUCUUGAACAAGGAAACCUGUGUCUGCGACAAGAAGAUAUACUCAUUAGAUCUAAAGCUAGCGUUCUGCAAAAAAGAAUAUCGGAUAGACUUGAAGACAAAAUUACAGAUGGAUUUUCAAAGAUCAGUUUAUUUCUGCAACGGUUUGAAUCAGACGACAACAUACGCAACGAAUUUACUGGGGAAAUAAGAAAAUCGGACGGAGUCGUGAAAACGAUUCGUGAUUUUCUACGGAAUGUUCAAAGACUAAAAGAUUUAAGAGAUCUUACAAAACGAACAGAAAUAGCGGAUAAGACAUUUACUUACCACGUCCUCCAUCACUUGAGUCACGUGAUAAGAUGUGCAGCAGUUCCUGCGUUUGCAAACAAAUACAAUCAGCAACCAUGGGUUUGUAACAGAUUACUACAUGAAAUAGAGUUUGAGGAAGCCUUGGUUGAUUCUGUUUCCAGAAAUACUCAAUAUCACCUGAGUAAGAUUGAGAACGUUCUUAACAAAAGUAAGAAUGGCAGAUUUGUCUUCCUUUUAUAUCCACUUCAGGAAGAAAUGAAAUCGACUUUUGAAAACGCCGAAAAGAAGUUUUCAGGUAUGAAGCGUCUUUCAUUGGUAACUAAAAAGAUGCUGUUUGAAACAAAUGGUUAUAUAAAGCAGACAAAUUUAGGACUUGCAACUGUUGCCGGGAAAGAGUCAGUUCCAGCUGAUAUCAGUGAUGAUCUUAGAAAAGACCUUCUGUCCGUAAAUGGUGUUUAUGGUCUGGGAACAAUAUAUGGCAAACUGGAAGUUCAUCUUGAUCUAAGUCUUACUGACGAUAAAGCAGAAUCGAACGACAUAGAAUCUGAAAAGAACAGUAACUCGAAGCCGGCUGAAACGGAUUUGAAAAAUUUAAAUUUAGACAGUGAAAGCACCAAAGCAAGCCGUUAUGACUGUGAUCUUGAAACAGUAUGUGGCAAACUCGAGAACCGCCUUGAUGUUAGCCUUAUUACAGAUGAGGAAAACAAGAAAACCAUACAAUCUGACGACAAAGAAGAUACCUCAAAACAGAUAGAAACGGAUAUGCAAAGCACAAAUGGUGAACACAACAAAACCGGCGGAUAUGACGACGAGAAGAACAUAUCUACUACAAUCACAGAAAAGGCAACGCAAAAACUGGAAACUAUUAAAACUGAAGUAGCAGAACAGUUAAAGAAGAAUCGUUACUAUCGGCCUUACACAUUAAAAUGCAUCUCUAGGAAACCGGAAGUCUCUAAUGGCUCUUUUGAACCAGGUGAUCAGUUACUCAGCCCAACAGAUGUAGAUGGAAACUAUACAUUUGGAACUAUAGGAGGAUAUGUUACCUCAACGAAGGAAACACUGUACGGCCUUACGUGUUUACAUGUUGUCGGUGCGGAUGGAAAAGUUUAUACAGAUAAUGGAAAAGAAUUGUUUGGUAAUUAUCGAAAGGGAAUGGAAAACAGUACCGCUCCAUUUAUUGAUAUAGCUGCGGUUGAAGUUACCCCGACCUUACAAGUGAAAUGUAAGAACUAUUUAGAACAAGCAAUGACACGUGUAACGAAAGUGAAAGUAUCACAUGAAAAGAAGAAUGAACUGUUAGGACGUUAUGUUUACAAAUUUGGUGCAGCAACUGGAGUAACAAAAGGUACAAUAUUGUGUACGGACUAUAGUUUAUUUGACUCGAAGGCUAGAAAUUACCUCAUAGUUAUUGACCCUUUAGCGGCGGAAAAAACACUCGAGGAUAUUACGAAUGUAUUUACCCCGCUACGAAGAAACUCAUCAAGCAUUGCAAAUCAAGCAUUAGCACAAUCAAGUGGCGAAAGCCAGUUAGUUGAACAGUCUCAACGACAGACUAACUCGAAAGUACCUUCCGGUUCGAACAACGUAGUCACUCACUCGUCGACUGCAAGCCAAGCUAUCGGUCAGUCGCAAAUAACUGCAAGUCAGAAAUGCGCCCAUACGCAGAAAUGUGAUUUAAGUCCAAGAAUUACAAUUCCGCUAGGCAGUGCGAUUCAAACCGACACACGAUUGUCCAACAAAUCAAAUGACGUAGCGGCGCAACCGUUCAGCAGAACAAGACUGGCAGCCGUACGGUCUCCGGAUACCGACAGUCAGUUUGUCGACAGCGAAUGUCAGUCUGUCACAAAAUCGUCAGACAAUGCAAGUCAGUCUAUAAUACAAUCUUCAGACACCGCAAGUCAGUCUAUAAUACAAUCUUCAGACACCGCAAGUCAGUCUGAUGCACGAUCUUCAAACAACGCAUGUCAGUCUGUCACAAAAUAUUCAGACAACGCAAGUCAGUCUGAUGCAAGAUCUUCAGACAACGCAAGUCAGUCUGUCACAAAAUCUUCAGACAACGCAAGUCAGUCUGUCACAAAAUCUUCAGACAACGCAAGUCAGUCUAUAAUACAAUCUUCAGACACCGCAAGUCAGUCUAUAAUACAAUCUUCAGACACCGCAAGUCAGUCUGAUGCACGAUCUUCAAACAACGCAUGUCAGUCUGUCACAAAAUCUUCAGACAACGCAAGUCAGUCUAUAAUACAAUCUUCAGACACCGCAAGUCAGUCUGAUGCACGAUCCUCGCACACCGAAAGAGUUUCUUUCACUGAAAAUCAUUCAUCCGCAGAAUGUUCACAUAUUGAGAGUGUUAAGUCUAUCAACAUAAAUGAACCGGUCGCAACAUUGUCAAGUACUAUAAUUCUGCCAUUCAAACAGUCGUCAAACAGUGCUAAACAGGCCGUCUCAAAACCUUCAGGCACUGGAAUUCAGACAGUUUUGAAACGAAACAAAGGUGCAAGUCAGACAAUCACGCAAACUUCCACAUUAAGUACAAAUGUCGUAAAAUCAAUACAAAUUAAAAGCAAGCUGGCCUCACAAUCACCAAACAGUGCAAGCAAUGCGUUUAGAAAACUGACAGACAGAUUUAACCAAACGGUUGCCCAAACACGAAACGACGCAAAUCAAACGGACGAAAGAAUUUUGAAAUAUUCAGGCCAGACAGCGACAAAUUUGUUAAACGAUACAAAUGACCGUCAAACACACGAAAUGAAAAUACAAGGUUCUCAAAAUGAAAAUGUUAACGGUUGCACUGAUAUCAUAAAAGUUGACGCGCGUCCUAGCGGAGGCCAGAACGAAAUACACAUUGAAAGAAAUUUGGAAAACAUGAGCCUGAAAGCAGUCCCAAACGUAGAUGUCGCGGUAAUGACAGAAGUUUUGAAGAACGUCGACAUCUUAGAUCUUAAUCAUGAAACACUAGAAAAGGAGGCUGAUGACAAAGUUGGUGCAAAUGAGACAUACAGAAACAACCAGAAUGCAAGAAUUCGUUCACAGGAGCCAGAUUUUACAUCAGAUGUCAAAGAAUCCAAUGCAGAAGGGCAUAGUCAUGAUGAUCAAAAUACUUUGGUAUAUGUUAGAGAUAUUCAUAGUGUAACUGAAUCUGAUGAGAUUAAAUCUCGCAAUUUAAAGGGUGUUUUCUCUAGGAACGGCGAUAGCGGUGCCAUUAUUUGCACACCAGAUCCUUCUUUUAAUGGGCUUACAUGUUUAGCGGUGUCGAUGUUGACUGGAGGAGACCUGGAGAUUAGUGGAGACGAAGGAUUAAAGAGUUUAUCUUUCACUUUAAGAAAAGGGCUUGAAAUCCUAUGUAAAGAAUGUGAUAUAGAAUUUGAGACAGUUGGGUCAGUAAAAGAAGCACUAAAUAUAUAACGUAUAUAUCGAUGUUGAAAAUGUCAUUGUUAUGAAACGUGCUUUGAAAUAUUGUUUAAAAUCUUAAUUGUCACUUUUCAGGCAGUAUUACAUAUAUUUGUUAUUUUGUUUUGGGUUUAAGGCCAUUUUGCAAUAGUAUUUCAGUUAUGUAACCGCGUGCAGUAAACCUAACCAGCGUUCCUUGAUUCUGUACAAACCUGUUCUCCGCAAGUAACUGCCAACUUCCCCACAUGAAUCAGAGACGGAGGACGAAUGAUUUUAGACACACUGUCUUUUAUCAAAUCGUCACGGAGAAUAUACGCCUCGUCCAGGGCUCGAACUCACGACCCCGAGAUCGGUAGACUGAGCUGAGCGGGCGGGCUAUAUAUAUUUUUGAAAUAGAGCCGAUUUUUUGCUAUGAUAUGUGUAUAUGUAUGUGUCUUCUGUGUGAGUAUUUUGUCUAAACUUGGAUGGUUAGUCACAUAUUAGCAAUAUUUUAUGACAUUUUUCACUUUUCAUGCAUUCUAAUUGUGAUUUAUUUAAGGAACAGACUUUACCAUGUUUCAUCCACAUCAAAUAAAAAGUGUAGCCCCUAUAGCAUG